AUGAAAGUCCCACCUUCGAUGCUGGAGGAGGAGCCACUCUCAAUCAUCAUACUGCUGCUUCCUGCGUUCUUCUACUAUCUGAUCUCGAACAUCAUUGAUCGCCUACCAGUUUUUCAGAUAUGGUCUAAAAAGUCCUACCUCAUUGGCCUGAAAGACCCGGAGCGAAUCACCUCCUUUGAAUGUCCGUACAGCUACAUCCGGAAGAUCUACGGUCGGCACCACUGGGCUCCCUUCAUAGAGAAACUAUCACCGGGCCUUAAAGAAGAUGACCCCGGCAAAUACGAGAUUGUCAACGAAAUCAUGGAUGCUAUCCAUCUUUGUCUGAUCUUGGUGGAUGAUAUAUCUGACGGGAGCGACUAUCGCAAAGGGCAUACUGCAGCUCACAGGAUAUACGGCCCAUCGGAAACUGCAAAUCGAGCGUAUUACCGAGUCACACAGCUACUGAGAAAGACGACCGUGGAAUUCCCACAGCUGGCGCCGUGGUUGAUGCAAGACCUGGAGGACAUCCUUGCGGGCCAGGAUCUCUCGCUGGUCUGGCGCCGGGACGGCCUCAGCAGUUUUCCGAAUCAUGCACCGGAACGAGAUGCAGCAUAUCGGCGGAUGGCCUCGCUCAAAACUGGGGCGUUGUUCCAACUGCUCGGACAUCUGGUGCUGGAGGACAGCUCGAUGGACAAGACGAUGACCCAAAUUGCGUGGUAUUCGCAACUCCAGAACGACUGCAAAAAUGUGUAUUCGUCGGAGUAUGCCAAGCUCAAAGGCGCACUGGCUGAAGACUUGUCGAACAGGGAGCUCACCUAUCCCAUUGUGCUUGCUCUCAACGCAGCCGACGGCAACUAUGUGACCGACGCCCUGGAGUAUCCAUCUCGUCGAAACCUGCGGCGAGCACUCAAGGUGAUCCAGAGUGAAGAGGUUCAUUCUUUGUGCGCUGCUGAGCUUCAGGCUGCCGGGAAGGGAAUAGAGGAGUGGCUGCGGCUUUGGGGAAGAAAAGAAAAGAUGGAUCUGUAG